UCUUGGCUUACAAGGAUCAAAACGAUCACUGUCUCCACUGAAACUUACAGAUCCAGAAGAAAGUCCUACGACGGCAAAAGCACCUAAAAAGAAAGACGUUAUAAUGGACCCGACACAACUACAAUUAUUAUUUGACAAAAUGUCCAAAUUCUUUGAAGAUGCAACAAAAAGGAUUCUUACAGCUAACAAACCUGAACAAAAAGAACUGAACCUCAUA